AUGGGUGCAAUUCUUGCAGCACCAGCAUGUGCUUCAUCGCUGGCAUGUUGUUGCGGAAGUGCAGCAUGUUCGCUAUGUUGUGCAGCUUGUCCAACAACUCGGAGCUCAUUGACUACUCGAGUUAUGUAUGCUGGAAUGCUAUUAGUGGGAACGUUCGUCGCUUGUCUUAUGCUUUCUCCCGGUAUACAAACAAAACUUGCUGAUGUUAGUUUAUCUCUAUCGAGUUGGUUUUGUAAAGGUUUGUCUGGUAUAGCUGGAAUCAACUGUUCUCGAGCUGUCGGUUUUCAAGCUGUUUACAGACUUUGUGCGGGAAUGGCUAUAUUCUUUUUCUUAUUUAUGGUUUUGAUGUUGGGAGUGAAAUCAUCUGGUGACCUACGAUCCAGAAUUCAAAAUGGAUUCUGGUUUUUCAAAUAUUUGAUUAUGGCCGUGACUAUUGUUGGAUUAUUUUACGUCAGCUCAGAAAAUAUUUCUUCUCCCUUAAUGUGGAUAGGGUUGAUCGGUGGUUUCCUUUUUAUUCUUCUUCAACUCAUUUUGAUUGUUGAUUUCUCUCAUUCACUUGCUGAGGGAUGGAUGGAAAAAUAUGAAGAAGAUGAAAGUCGCGCUUGUUAUUGCGGAUUAUUGACAUUUACUGGUUUGUCAUACUCGCUGGCCAUUUCUAGCAUUGUAUUGAUGUACAUGUAUUAUACUACGGGGGAUUCAUGCCAUCUACCGAAGUUUAUCAUUACAUUCAAUCUUAUUCUUUGUGUGUUUAUAUCUAUAUUAUCGGUUCUUCCGCGAGUACAGGAGCGUAUGCCUCGAUCAGGACUACUUCAGUCAUCGUUCAUUGCACUCUAUGUUAUGUAUAUCACAUGGUCUGCAUUAAUUAAUAAUCCAGACAAAAAAUGCAAUCCUUCACUAAUUGACAUAUUCACAAAUCGAACAACCCCACAAGGCCAGCACGUGUAUGGAACACCUAUUCCAACAGAAUCGCUCAUUUCGCUUUUAAUUUGGUUUAUUUGUAUUUUGUAUGCAUCAUUCCGUACUUCAUCUAGUUUCAACAAGAUAACAGGAGGCUCGCAUGGAACAGUAGACGACUCAGAAAACGGUUCCCAACAGCACGUUAUUUCAUCUUCCCAAGAUCUUAACAACAGACGUGUUUGGGAUGAUGAGUCAGAUGCAGUAUCGUACAGUUAUUCAUUUUUCCAUUUCGUAUUUGGGCUGGCCUCUUUAUAUGUGAUGAUGACUCUCACAAGCUGGUAUAAGCCUGACAGUGAUUUAAGCCACUUAAAUAGCAACAUGGCUGCAGUUUGGGUAAAAAUUGUGUCUUCUUGGAUUUGUUUAGCCAUUUAUGCAUGGACGCUUAUGGCACCUGUGAAUCCAUCUUUAUAUUCUCAGUUAGCAGUUUUGCUACUUGCCAUUGGUCUAUUUUUUAUGGCUUGGUUCUUUGUUUAUGAGGUAACCUCAACAAAGUAUACUCGAGUACUAAUCAAAGAAUUAUUAAUUUCAACGUUUGCUGCACUUUUUCUUGGAUUCGGUUCAGUUUUCCUUAUGCUUUGGACAGGAAUAUAUAUUUAA